ACUGUAUGUCUGAGCACAGAGAGGCUUACAACUCAGAGCUUUGUGUGAUCGUUAUCUCACUGGGAGGAAUAAUUGAAGCUGAAUAACUAAAUUAUAAAUCUAUUCAGAAAGUGCAAGGAUUUUGUCUCGAACAAUCUCUUUUUUAUUUCUUGGAUUUGAUCUAUUGACGUUUGAGAGCUGAUACCUCAGGAUGGCUGGGAUCUUCUGGAUGAUGUGUCUCUCACUGCUCACGCAGGGCUUCUGGUGUAUCCUUGGAGACAUUGAAGUUGGCUGCAAGAAAUGGUCUCCAAUAGAGGACACUUUUGCCUGCGAACAAUGUCAUCCUGGGAAUUACCUGGUCAAAAAACUUGGGCGAACACCUACAGAGCUCUGCACUCCGUGUGAAAAUGGAACCUUUACAGAGAAGACUGAUGCCGAUGAAUGUUACAUUUGCAGGCAGUGUGUUGGUGCUCUUGUCCAUUUGAAAGACUGCACCCCUAAAAGUGACACACAGUGUGCGUGUAAAAAAGGACUUGUCUGUGGAAACGAGAAAUGUACCUACUGUGUGGACGAGUGUGGCAAAGGCUAUGAACCUGACAAUAGUAAUAAUCGUUCUUGCAGACCUUGUCCAGAAGGAACUUUUAAUGACAAAAUUCACCAAAAGUGUAAAUCCUUCAGUACCAGCUGUGCAGAUUCAAACCAUAUUAUGGUAUUCAAAGGAAAUUCAUCAUCUGACAUUAUAUGUGAGUUGCUUCCACCUCUGACAAUUCCACCUACGACCAAUCCAGAUAAAUCUGAGAACAAAGAACAGGCAUGGCCAUCAGAGUUAUUUGGGAUAAUCGGAGGAUUUAUGAUGUGCCUCAUCAUCUUUAUCGUCCUUGUGUCUGUGCUACUCCAUCACAAUGUGAAAAAGAAAAAGACACAGAGAACCCCCUCAAAAACUCCCAUUAUUAGGACUCCUACAGAUGAUCCAAGGACAUUGAUUGCUAUUGAGUGCAGUUUUCAUGAAGCUCAACAGGAACAGGGUAACAGCACAGAAUCACUUAUCUCCUCGGAGCAGGAAACGGUGUGAAUGGAAGCAGCUGAGGGAAAACAGAUUUAUCCUGAACAAAAUAGGAUUCUUUGCCAUACUGAGCAACAAGUUUGAAGGAUUUUGUUGUUGCAUCAAUGUCUCUGGUUCCUAAACAGUGAAAGGAGUCAAAUGAAGGAACUUUGGUGUCUCUCUGCUAGUUUUUCAAUGGUAAUCUUUUGAUGACUGUAAAUAUAAACAUGGGAGCAAGGGGAAUUCAGAGAUGGGAAAAACCAAGUGGACUUCAACAAUGACUUUUUCAUCAUGUAAAUGACAGCAACCACUCUGUUUUUCCCCUUACUAACAGAGAAGCCUUAAUUGGUUUUAAAAUGCUGUACCUGGCAUUUAAGUUUAAAUACUGAAAGUAUUAGUAUAUUUAGUAAUAAAUAGACACAGUGGACUCACUGAAGCAGCUAUUACUUCAGUGAGAAAGAGAGCUAACAUGAUUUAUAUUUCAUGCUUUUUCAGUUUGAAAGUACAGUGCAAAUAGGGAGUUCAGCUUUUAGUCAUUUGUCAUUUUGAGCCCACGUACGCCUCCUGGUGAAAACGUUAGCCUUUAUCUUCAUUCCAGUGUUCAACCUAGUUACCCAGUAUUGUUUUUUUGUUUUUUUUUUGCUGAGUGUAAUGGACGUAUUGUGUGGUUAUUUAUAGCGUAGGUAUGUAAAUGAGCCCAAGAAAGAACAGCGUUGUUUUCAGUCGAAACCAGAUAUUUACAUACACUAUAAAAAGACAGCACCUUUUUAUUUAACGCUGACAUCUUGUUUUUGUUCACUUAAGAUUGCCAAAAUGAGUUAUAUUUGCUAAAUGAAUAAUGAGAAAAUUUGUUUUUUUCAGGAUAUUUUAUUAUUUUCUUCAAAUUCAGGAGAUAAAAUAUACAAAGACUACCAUACUUUUAAACCUUUUGGGGAAACCCAUUUGAUGACCACAUGGCUUUAUAAGCUUCUGAUAGGUUGACUCAGAACAUUUGAGAUAAAUAGAGGUUAUACCUGCAAUUUAUUUUAAAGCACGCCUCAAACACACUACGUCCUUGUGCAGCAUCAUGGGAAAAAUAAAAAUCAGGUAGGUUAUUAGGAGAACAGUGGAGCUCCAAUAGUCUGGUUUAUCAAACCAACAUCUUAAGACAUCAGUCAGGAAGUAAAAGUUUUUGAAAGGAUGCUUUUAACCUUUGACCCAAGUCAUAGGUUUAAAGCCAAUUCUACCAAAUAUUAAGUAAAUGUAUAUAAACUUGUGAAAGUGAAAAAAAAUAGAGGAUUAGUCUAAUUAAAUGUCAGUUAGUUGUAUUUUUAAAUAGUAAAUGUAAAUAUCUGGUUUCAACUGUACAACUUGUUUUAUUUCCAUGUUGCUCUGAAUGGGUAACCUAAUUAACUGUGAAAGUACUACUGUAACUAGCUGGCUAUACAAGUUGCAGGGCAACUUAACAUUACAUUUGAUAGUCACAGAACCUUUAUGGGCUUUCCUGCUGUUGCUUAAUUGGUCAUGAAACAAAUGUCCAGAAAAAGGGUUUUUCCCAUGUUGGUGUUCUUAAACCAGCAAGGAGUCUAGAGAACAGAUCCUAGGAUCUGAUAGGACAGAUCCUAGUUGUAAAGGAGAGAUUCAACAAGAAGCAAAUAUUUGGAUAAGCUUAAAAGAGCUGUCAAGCAAGCUGAGGCAUGCCUGUUGUAGAACCAAAAGGGAUACCAAGAAACGUUUAAUAGCUUGAAAUUGUCAGUUCAUUAGUCAAGAUCAUUCAGAUAUCAAUUUAGUGUAUCAUAUCAAAGUAAGAAAAACUUGGCAGUUUUAGCAGAAAUUCUAAUACAAAACAAGGCUUCAAGGUCAAAUGGAAACCCCCACGGCAGUCUUGUGUUUUCUGCGAAACUCUUGACUUUCACCACAGUUAGGUGGCCAGUGAGAUAAGACCGACAGGAAGUAUUGGCUUUUAUUUUUUUUAUUUCUUGCGUGAACUGUAGCAGGCGUGUUUCUUUUCAUAAUGGAAACCUUAAGAAUAUGCUAUGUGGGCACCUGGUGGAAACGUUUAGCCCACAUCUAUUUUGAUUUAUCACAUUAGUAAGUAGACUAUGACUCACUACUCAGCCGGGGGAGACGUUAGCUGAAAGACCUCAAAGUUCACAGGUGUCACCCUGAAAACAGCGAACACAUACGGAUGCUGACUGUAGCACUUUAUUUCGUCUGCUAUCUGCUACUUGAAGAAAAUGACAAACUUGUAAUUUAAAGAUCAUUUUCCUCCUUUUAGCUUGUUACUUUUUUUUUGUUUUAGAAAAUGUCUCUACAGAAAUUGGAUUUGUUCUGUUCUGUAUUCAAAGUUUUACAAUGUACUUAUAUUUUUGAACACCAAAUAAAUAUAUAUAAUUUUUUA